UUUUCAGAUUCUAGACGUGACAGGAAGCAGAGAUCUUGAAGCAGAGGACUAGAAAGGCACAGCAUGAGCGGCAGGAGGAGCGGAGCAUCUGAGAGGUGGCACCAGUCACGUCUGCAGCAGAAUCUGGCCGUCCUCCCCUAGAAAGCCGUGGACUGGGAGCUGCAGACACGACAUGUUCUACUCCGGGAUCCUCACCGACAGCAGCAGGAAAGAUGGCGAUCUGCGGGAAGCCGCGUCCCUGAGACAGCAGAGGAGGACGAAGCAAUCCCUCCAGUUCAUCCAUAAGGAUUCAGCCGACCUCCUGCCUCUGGACGGCCUAAAGAGGCUGGGGACCUCCAAGGACACGAAUCCCCCCCAAAUGGGAAGAGGCUAUUGGAAGCUAAAUUCGGCCCUCCUGGAGGAAGCAGAGCAGCCACACAACAUUCUGCAGCGACGAUUGCUGGAGAGCAAUUUAUCAAAACUGAGGAGCAAUCGCCCAACGUGGAUCCCAAAGUGCGAAGCCCAGAGCAACAAACUGCAUCAGGGGAAGGGAGAGAGGCCGAGGAAGAGCGACGAGGACAACGCGGUCUUUGUCUGGUGUCAGUGCGCAGGGAAGGAGAUGAAGGUGAAGAUUGACACGUCCUGUCAGCACAGCGUCAUAUCCUCAGCCUGCCUGGACCGACUCGGGCUGAAGGAACAUUUCAGGUCAUACAAGGAGGAGAACUUAUCGCUUCCCUACAACAUGAAGAGCAUUGGUCAGGUGGAGCUCCUGACGGUGACGCUGGGCCGCAUCUCCCUGGACUGCGCCGCCGCCGUUAUCGAUGACAAGGAGCAGAGCUUCUCCCUGGGUCUCCAGGCUCUGCGCUCCCUGAAGUGUGUGAUAAACCUGGAGAAGAAUCACCUUGAGGUGGGAAGAACGGAGAGAGAGGUCGUGCCGUUCAUCGCGAGCCGCCACGCCUCCAGAGAGGAGAACUCAUCAGACGUAUCAUAAGGAGACAGAUCCUGAACCGAACAAGAAUACAAGCGUUGUCAUCGCGUCUGAACAAUCCUCCCGUGUCAUCGCCGUGUGCCCCCGAUCUGUGACGCCUUGUGCUUUUUUAUAACACCCGCUUCCUGAUGAUUUCACUAAAAUUGGAGAUUUUUUACAA